CAGGUAGGUUAGGGGAGGAGUGAACCCAUUCUUGAAACAUUUAGGCCAAUCAGUUGAAAAAGAGUGGACAACUCUAUGGUAUUUAAAGGUGGGUAAUUUGUUUAGGGCACAGAAUACUUUGGAAAGCAAAUCUUUGCUGUUAAAGGAAGUUCUGAAUCACUAAGAUGAAGAAACUCUUCAUAUUCCUAUUGUUUACUCUAUUGCUUUCUGAAAAAUAUGCAAAUGCUCAGACAUGUGAAAUUGAUAGUGUGAUUGAAUUGAAGACUAAGAAUUUAAUUGCUUCCGCAGUGUCUUCAGCUCUGCCGAAGAUGCAGAUGGCUUGCCAAAAUGUGUUUGCUCGAGGUGCUUUUGCCGCUUGUCCAUCAGGAUUUCUACCCACUUCAUGUGCCUGUGGAAUGGGUUGUGGAUCUUGGGAUAUUCGUCAGGACUCAGUUUGUCACUGCCAAUGUGCACGUAUUGACUGGACUUCAGCCCGGUGCUGCAAAAUAUCUGUUGGCUCCUAAGCUGCUUUGAUGGCAGGUUGGCUCCAGUUUCUGUGCACAAUAAAAGUAUGAAUCAAUAAUUCCAUGAA